AUGGCCACAGCAACCCCGCGUGUUUUGGUCCUCGGAGGCCAUGGGAAGGUUUCCCUGUUCCUCCAGCCUCUGUUGCUGGCCAAGAAAUGGAAUGUCACCAGUGUUGUUCGCAAUCCUGAGCAUGAAGCGGAAAUACUAGCCCUUGGUAAGGACAAGCCCGGCACAAUUGAGGUGCUGGUGGACAGUCUGGAUGAAGUCAAAGAAGCAUCCCAGGCCCAACGAGUUCUCGACAAGGUCAAGCCGGACUAUGUAGUCUGGUCUGCAGGUGCUGGUGGUAAGGGCGGCCCUUCCCGAACUAAGGCGGUUGACGAGGUCGCCGCAAAGGCUUAUAUAUCGGCCUCGGUCGCUACGCCAAGCGUCACCAAAUUCCUCAUGGUGUCUUACAUCGCUUCUCGGAGAGGCUACCCACCCUGGUGGUCGGAAGAGGACAAGAAAGCAGCUGACCAUGUCAACAACAAUGUGUUGCAUAACUACUACCUCGCAAAGGUAGAGGCCGACGAGCAUCUUGAAGCUUUGGCAAAGAGACGUCUGGACAGUGGCGACAAAGCCUUCCAAGCUAUCAAUCUGAGGCCAGGAACCCUGUCUGACUCGCCAGGGACUGGCAAGGUAAAAUUGGGCAAGACUUCUUCUCGUGGAAGCGUGCCUCGAGAAGACGUUGCAGCCGUUGCAGCAGCUCUUUUGUCCCGCGACGACACGCGAGGAUGGUUUGACCUGCUCGAAGGGAGUGACCCGAUCGACGAGGCGAUUGAUAACUUGGUAAAGUCAGGGCACAAUGGCUUGGAAGGGGAAGAUUUGGCCAGGAUCCAUGCAAGGGCCGCGUGA